CCUACGUCAACGGUAUUAGUUAGGUCCCGGAUAUUUGUUUGGCCGAGAAACAUUUCCAAUUGUGAAAUUUCCAAGUCCCCACCAUCUAAGCUUCAAAGCUCCGCGCACCUAUUGAAUGCGCCGAGUAGCCAUUGAACAUAAAAUUUGGUGUCGACACACCCAAGUACACCAUGGCGGCUUUACGAGAAAUGCCUCGGGGCGGGCGUCAUCUUUUGAGCGCCGCAUCGCACUGGAAGCCUUGCCCAUCAAGCCUCCGAAGAUGUGCAUCCACCGACGCCAGUCCUCCUGCGUCGGCCUCCUCCAUACCCGAUAUUCCUGAUAUCGAACAAGACUCCGGUCUAACGUCGCCAAUUGUGACAAGGCAGGAUGUCAAAAUUACAGACCCGCGACGGAGGGCUAGCCGGAGAAACUUCGAACUUCCACACGAGCGAUAUCGGUUCCAUCCUCCCAAGUAUGAUCGAGGUCCCCGACAUCCAGUUCAACGACUGCCUUCUUCGGAUCCAGUCGCCCGAGACUUCUCCCCGGGACCUUUCAAUCUUCCACGGCUAAAGCAGACUUUUCACUCGACGACGGCCUCGGAUAUCAUGACCCUCAUGUACCAACAUACCCCACCAGGAACGCCGGACAAGCCCGAGCGGAUACGGCUGCGAGAAUGGGACGACUCAUCCCCCUACAUGAUAAACCGGCCUAAGCGUGGGCCACGAGGCCACGAUGUCCUCUUCCCGCUCGAGAAACCCAUCGAUUGGCGAAACAUCCCCGAGAUCCGGGCAGUGCAUCUAGCCAUGUACACGCCAAAGGCCAAGAAGAACCCGGACCACCUCAUCAUUGCAAGGUCAGUGUUGCAGACCAUCACAGGCGUCCGUCCCACCAUUACGACGACGAAGACGAGCGUUUCCCAGUGGGGUAUUGUCAAGGGCGACAGAUCAGGUGCCAAGUGUUCGGUUUAUGGGGAUCAGGCCUACGAAUUGGUAGACAAGAUCAUUCACCUUGUUUUCCCCAAGAUCAAGGACUGGGCCGGUAUCGAAGGCACCACCGGUGACAGUACCGGCAACAUAAGCUGGGGUUUAGACCCCCAGACCAUGAUGUACUUCCCAGAAGUUGAAGCCAAUUACUCGCUAUACCCAGCCAAGAUGAUCACGGGCUGCCGGUUCACCCUCGAAACCACCGCAAAGUCUGACAGACACGCCAGACUACUUUGCAUGAGUUUGGGGAUCCCAUUCUAUGGCAAGCUGGUAGAUUAGGAACUGACAGGCGGAUGCCCUUCUAUCCUUCCUCCGGUCUUGUACAUAUUAAAAAAAUGUAUCACAUGUCAAAUAAGGGAUGAUACCAACCAUAGACUGUAGCGAAUACAGUUAGUUGUACAAAUGCGCGACAGGUCACACGUAAGA